GUAAAUUACAGGCUUCCUUUUAUUAACAUCAUCACACUUUGUGCAAGGAAGAAAAGAGACUUUAACCGAUUCACAGAGAAGAAACAAUCUCUCCUUUCUCGUUCCUUCCUUCGUAAAGCUCGAAGCAAGCAGAGAACGUAAUCAAUCGCUCGCCUACUUUAGUUUCUUUCUUCACCGAAGCACACAGCACUUGAAAGUGGUUUGAGUAAUGGGAAUUGAAGGAGAGAUGGGUAUUAGUGGAGGGAUACAAGAUGCUUUGAUGAUGAGCGUUGAUGAGAAAGAUGAUUUGAGAGACAAAGAUGAAGUUACUAUCCGUCGAAUGAAGAAUCGGGAAAGACAACGCAGGUAUAGAGCCAGGAAGCGGAUGCGGGAAGAAGCGGGUCUCGAUGAUGAAAAUCUCUCUUUCCAGACUCAACAAAAGGACCAAGAAGAAGAAGAAGAAGAAGAAGAAGAAGAAGAGGAGGAUGAGGAGGAGCUAGAGUGUGAUAAUGUUUUUGUUGACAACUUUGUGAGGCGUGUUUAUUGCCAUAGAGAUUGGAAAAAAGAAGCUAGAAUAGCUCAUUUGAUCAUGGACACGACUCGGGAUGGUUCUUGUUUGGUUCAUCGCAAGAUUAGGCCUCGCCCAAGAGACUGGAAAGCUGAAGCUCGAAAGAUGAAAACUUGAUCAAAUCCAUGUAGUUGGUUGGUUCUUGAGGAGUCAGUCCGGUUUGCUAGAAGAGAUCUUGCAAGUGCACUUUCUUUAAGAUUUUGGAUUUGACUGAAAAAAAAAGUAAGAGAAAUGCACAAAGCAAACAUCCUAUUAUAAGAUUAGAACUGCUUCUGCUAUUUCUUUGUUGUGUGUAUUAGAAUAUCCAGACGUUACUAUUAUUAUGUAUACGAAUAUUUGAUUUGAUUUGA